CCACAAAUUGCGGUUCAUCGCUGACACAAGCUCAGAAUUGGGAUCCUCAAGAUCGAGAGCAUUUCAACAUGACUCGGCAGAGCGUCUCGAACCAUGGAUGCAAACUCUGAAAAUAAAUGAUUAGAUCGUCGAUUAAACAAUUGGUACCUCAACUUACCCCUAUCACACGCACUCUUAAAGGUGCCGCGCCAUGGUUCGUAGACAAUAGUCUGUAGCCGAGGAAGUUUCUGUAGCAAUAACCUCAGAACUGACGGUAUAAUCUGCCGUCGAUAUUCUCGACGUAUAACAAGCCGCGUCACUGUGUGGACCUCCGGGAGGCUCUCCGGGAGACUGAAGCACAACGGCUCGAAGAGAGCUGACAAACCUGAUGCAGAGAGACUCUCCACCUGCCGGCCAUCAACCCAGCCAUGUUUUGGGUCAUGCCAUCCAGCAGGAUCCUCUUGCUGCUUAGAUUCUCCAUCGGGUUGAAUGCCUAGUCCAAUGCAAUAUUUUUUGAACCAGUGCUCCGGGUCGCUAGGUGAGAAGGUGCUGAGCUCUAACGCGAGGCAACCUGUCGGUUUCCAAGCACUUAGAACAGUAAACAGUUUCUGCGUUGCGCUUCUGAAGAUGGCGCUAUGCCGCGAACUACGCGAUUCUGAUGUAGAGGACUGGCAUGAGCGACAUGAGUAUCGUGGUAGCUCAAUGUUCAGCCGAAUUUGAUGAGCAAGACCUGCGGUUCGAGUGGUCAUGUGGCCAAGCUGCUCCAGGCAUGAUACUCGUAGAUCUAGUCGGUGGAAAUUCUGUGGCUCAAGGAAUGCCUUCCAUUCUGAGCAGACAGCCGCGCAGGAGCCGCAACCCUUCUGGCGCGAGACUUCCUUCAGUAUUUGUAGCCGAAGCUCGGGCGGCAACAAAGCCCAAGAACCUGACAUGGUGGGUUGUUAGUCUUUUUUAUGAUCUGCUUCGGUGACUGUGAGGAUGAAGAAGAAGUGCGCCAUUGUCGCGAUUCUGCAGAGAUUUUAUUUUGAUAUAGAGUUUUGUUGAAAUCUUGUUUGAUUGCAAAGCCAAAAAGCUUUGGCGAACUUGAUAGUGCUGGACAUGUUGUUAUGUUUGCUAUUUAAAAUGUAUAAAGGACCGUUGUAUAUGUAAAAGAGAAGAGCAGCGCUUCAGGUGCUGAUUAACUGGCCUGAGCCAUGGACCCCUGGUCCAGUUGACUUAAUACCCAGGUAGGUUAGUAUUCAGUGAAAGUGCCACCAUACCUAUCAAUGAUCUGAAAACGACGAGCGCAAGUAACAUAUCUGAACACCAGAACAAAGACGUAAAGUAGGGAGCACGCUGAGUCGACUUUGAAUUGGUCUCUUCUUUUUCUAUCGUCUUGAGCCAAGAAGUCAGUCAAUGACUUGUAUGUCAAAGAACUUGGUGUCUCUGACCCUGCUCCAGAGGACAAAGGAACCAACUCUAGCUGAUGAAUUAGUUCAUCACUAACAUCGCUCUAAACCCCCUAUACGAGGCUCAGAAGGAGGAGGCUUAGAUGAGAGUCCCGAAACUACUGUACCUACCUUGGCGGAGGCUUUGCCCUGCCUCGUUCACAGCCUACUGUCAGCACCAGGGCCGUGUACUCUGUGUGCAUACAUGGCUUACCCUGUACCAUUCUUCAUGGUGAAGGAGCUCACCUGUUCGUUCCGCUAACUGCCUAGGUCGCACGGUUGGCCAUGAAGCCAGAGCCAAGUACAUACAUGUCUUCCUGUCCAUCUCCAUAUAUACAAUACAGAAUAAAUUGCGAAGAUGGGUAUACGCGAUAUUCUCAAGAAGAAGGACGACCUUUCAACAGGUCAACCUGCUCAGAAUGAGACAGUCGACCGUCUGGCAGCUCCCGAGUUUACAAUCAUCCGCUCCGACACCUCGACCCAGGAGCGCAUCUACCCACCGUCUAUGAAGUCCGUCGAUAACCUGUACCUCGCAGCCCAAGACCCCAAAGGAAAGGAAAAGCCCCGCCGAUCUCUCGACGUCUUCCGCUCCGGCCGUUCACGAUCAGGGUCUGAGUCGAGCCAGACAAAGAAGGAGAGCGGCGCCCGUCGUCUGUCGCACCGUCUACACCUAAGCCGUGCUCCUCCAUCGUCCGAGAAUGUCCCCGAGAACCUACCAGAUAUCGUCACGUCGAGUGACGGCCCAGACGAGCUGCAAUGGGAGAAGCGCGCGACUAUGCUAGCGGGCCAGAACAACCGCGUCAGGACCGCCAGCCGGCCAGGGACCCCCUCGGACAGCGGCAGAAGCGAAGGGCGGGAGGUUUCGUUGCAAAAGAUCGAUGAGGAUAUCCAAGAGGCUAUUCGGCUUCACGAGGCAGGCAACCUGGAGUUGUCGACGCGCAUGUUUGGGCGGCUGGCUGAUCCUCAAGGCGCCAAUAAUCCAUUGAGUCAAGUCCUAUAUGGUCUUGCUUUAAGACACGGAUGGGGUUGCGCACCAGAUCCAGAAGGCGCUGUCAAGUAUCUAUCGGCUGCAGCCUCUAAUUCCGCCUCCAUUGAGCAGAUGGCUCUCCAGGCCGGCAUGACGAAGGGCGGAGCUGCCAAGGGAGAGCUUGUUCUGGCCAUCUUUGAGCUGGCAAACUGCUUCAGACAUGGUUGGGGUAUCAACAAAGACGCCUAUGCCGCCAAACAGUAUUAUGAGACUGCAGCGAACCUAGGAGACACUGAUGCCAUGAACGAGAUUGCUUGGUGCUACGUUGAAGGCUUCGGGUGUAAGAAAGACAAGUUCGCAGCAGCCCGGUAUUAUCGACUGGCCGAGAAGUCCGGCAACAAGACACUAGGGAACUCUUGGAUCUGGAAGGAAAAGUACGACCCUCCGGGCGAGGGCAGCCACAAGUAGUGCGGAGGAGGCAGCCAUGUGCGACUGUACCAAGGAGGUGCAUCUCCGCGAUCUGAUGCUGUGUAAGUCAAUUUUGUCGAGGAAGAGGAGGACGCAACUUUGCGAUGGGCUGCUGGAAAGGGCCCCGGCUUGUCAGUGGGCGAUUAUAUUGUUUGUAAGCGUAUUGGAUAUGUCGCAUUCUUAUGAGCUAUUGAUUUCACUCGUAUAUAGUCUUAGAUGUGUGUUGCCCAAGCCCCAAUACCACUGGGUAGAACAACUUGCGGAAACUUGUGUGUGCUUGUGUUUCGCCAAGAUGCUAUUUAUUGAGCUGAUAUAGAGAGUACAAGACGCAUUUUCCUUCUGUGGUUGGUUGUACAUAUUGCAGCACACUGUCGCAUAGAAAGAAGCUUUGUGUAUGUGUAUGUGUGUAUUUGUCUGAU